AUGAGCUGGAACAUCAACCAUCAGCGUGACAAGUUUGAAGGUAUCAAAUUUGAAAUCGAUGAAGUUCAGAAGCUCCUUAACAGUCACGACGUUAUCUGCUUGCAAGAAACUAAAGGGCAAGUUUCUUUACGUGACUUCAAAUGCUUCAAUGCUAACAGGACAGGAACAAACUCAGGCGGUGUAUGUACGGCGAUUCAUAAACACCUAGCAGCUGGAGCUGUUAGAGUCCACGUUCCAGAUUGUGACGACAUACUCAUCGUCAAGCUAAGAGCCAAAUACUUUAAUCUUGACAAGGACCUAAACCUUAUCAAUGUAUACGACUCGCCAGCACACGGUUCGUAUAAAAAACGUAUACGUUCGAAUACCGAGGAAUACAUCACUACCUGCGAACAACUUGAGGAGUGCCUAUCCAGGAUUCCCGACACAGAAGAUGCCGCCAUACUUGGAGAUAUGAACGCACGGACCGGUACUCUGAAAGAUUUUCUUAUUCCCUGCGAAUCUAGGAAUAUACAUGUCGAUCUCGACCCUCCUCAAUUCAUAACAGCCUUGACACCAAGAAACAAUCAGGACCGAACUUUGAACUCGAAUGGCAAACCGUUCAUUGAGCUUCUCCAAACAGCAGGGAUGAUAAUUCUUAAUGGAAGGACUAUUGGAGACAUUUUCGGUAGCCAUACAUGCAUUCAACGUCACGGAGCCAGCACUGUUGAUUACAUCUGUGUCUCACGAGAUAUCCACCAUCGGGUUAGGUUCUUCCAUGUGGGCGAUAUCACACCUUACUCAGACCACAGACCGAUAUCAACCGCCCUCACCACAAACCAUGGGGUGAAUCUUCUUGAUGACAACCUCUAUAAAGAACGUGAACGGAAACUAGCACCAGUGCCGAAGCCCUUCAAGUGGACCAAAGACACUAGCACUGGGUUUGGUACAUCAGAAAAGUUCAAGUCGGCCCAGAAUGAUGCCCAAUUCAUGCAGAAGGUCGAAUCGCUCCUAGCAAAUGACAUCACCUGCCCCGAAGACAUUCGAAAAUACAAUGACUCUGUGAUUACAACCUACAUUAACCUAGCCAGCCAGGUCACUACCCAAAAAAGUGGCCGUCUUCACACUAACAAAAACAAAUGGUUCGAUUGGGACUGCAGAAAGGCAAAACGUCAAGUUUGCAAGAUCGAAAGAGUAAAGAACAACCCCUACAUUGAUCCCAUGCUAGUGGAACCUACUCGGGCUAAGUUUUACCUCCGAAAAAAGGAAUACAGGGUUCAAGUUCGAUCUAAAAAAGGCGCAUAUCUCUUUCAACUGAACGAGAAAAUAAACAAUGGCAAUGACAUCAACUGGUCUGCUUUGAAAGAUCUCUCGUCCUCCUGUAGAGAUCCUGAGACGUUCGAUCUGUACGACCUAUUUGCUUUUCACAAAUUCUUCAACGACCUCUACAACCAAAAGUGCAAGGAUCCAUCCCACCGUGAACUUCAAGCCCACAACGCAAGCAAUGAUGGGAGCAGCCACACUGACCUACCAACUGAAGUGGAAAAUCUUAACAUGGAGUUCACUCUACAAGAGCUUGAAAAGGUGAUCAACAAACUCAAAAACAACAAGAGCGUAUCACUGGACCUAAUAUCGAACGAGAUGCUCAAGAACUCCAAACUUUGCCUAAGGAAAGUUCUUCUCAAGUUGUUCAACGGCUGCCUGGAACAGGGGACUUACCCAUGGAAUUGUUCGAUAACCACCCCUCUCCACAAGAAGGGCGACAAACAGAACCCUGACAACUAUAGGGCAAUAACUGUUGGAAGCUGUCUAGGGAAGCUAUUUGCUUCUCUUCUCCUUGAAAGACUUAUCGACUUCCGCAAAGUUAUCUGCCCCGAUUUCCCCCACCAACUUGGCUUCAGAGCUGGUGCACAGUGCUCGGAUCACAUCCUUACAAUUACCACAAUCAUUGAGAAAUACACGAAAAAGCUCAAAAAAAGAGUGUUUGCUUGUUUUGUUGACUACCGGAAAGCGUUCGAUACGGUGUGCAGAGAAGCACUCAUGUAUAAACUCAAUCACCUUGGUAUCGGAGGGAACUUCUUCGCUUGCCUUAAGAACAUGUACAGCAACUCGGUGACCCGCAUCAAACUGAUCCAAAAACUAUCGGAGACCAUUGAUGUCACCAUUGGAACAGAGCAAGGGCAUCCAAUGUCUCCUGAAUUGUUUAAAAUAUACAUCUACGACCUCUCCAUCUAUCUAGCAGCCCUAGAAGAUCUCUCUGUCCCUGAACUUAAUGGCUUCCCGGUCAACCACCUGCUCUGGGCCGACGAUCUCAUCCUUUUAGCUCUCGACCACCAAAGCCUUCAGAAAGAGCUUGACUGCCUAAAUGAAUUUGCAAGCAAAUGGGAGCUAUCUAUCAACAUUGAUAAGACUAAAAUAAUGGUCUUCAACUCAAGCUCGCGGGUGCUAAACUGCUCGUACGGGUUCAAGCUUGGACAGCUCGACAUCUCUCCAACAAGGUCCUACUGCUAUCUAGGUAUCCAGCUCAGUCUCAAUGGAUCUUUUAAAUGCGCCAUGAACGAACUGAGGAAGAAGGCGCUUCGAGCAUUCUUUUCGAUAAAACGCAUGGUAGACACCAGAGCUCUGACCACCAAAACCAUGCUAAAGCUAAUUGACUGUCUGGUGAAACCGGUAGCAACUUACGCCUGUCAGAUAUGGCUACCCUCGACUCACCUCAUGAAAGAAAUGGCGCGUGAACCCAGCCAAAGACACAACCUAUCAAAAGUUGCAGCAAAAGACAGUCUUGAGACAACACACCUCAAAAUGCUGAAAUGGGUACUGGGUGUGCACAAGAAAACUAACAACAACUUCUGUUACGGGGAUACCGGAAGGACGCCCUGGGCCCUCUCAGUUCUGCCACAAUGCCUCAGAUACUUUGGAAGACUUUCCAGAGCUUCUUCUGAGAUGAACAGUGUCAAUUUUUUAGUAUCUCAAGCGUUUCAGGAACAGAAAAAUCUUAACCUCUCCUGGUACGAGAAAGUUAGCUCUGUGGCUCAUUAUGAAACAGAAGCAGCUCAUGGCACCAUGAGGGAUGUCUUUAUCAGUGACUGGAGGGUGGACCUGGGAUCGCAAACCAAGAUGCAGUUCUACAACCAAAUCAAGGAGGAAUUUGGAGAAGAGCAGUACCUCAAUCUGAAGAGCAGGCAAUUCCGAACGAAUACAGCUAAAAUCCGCUCCAGCAGCCACGACCUGAUGAUAGAACGAGGGCGUUACACGAAGGAGGCCGGAGUAUGGCCAAGAGCAUGCAGAUUCUGCUGCGAUAGGGAUCACGUUCUCGGCUUCGAAUACCUUCCCUUCUUUGAAGGCACGAUUAUUGAAGACGAGGAACACUGCCUUACUGAGUGCCCCAUGUACCACUCAGUACGAUCUUCUCUCUCAGAUGACCUCAAAGGGCUUUUACUUCUAAGGAACUACAAAGACAUGAUGGAUUCAGCCCACAUAGAAGAACUGGGCAAGUUUCUCAGCAGCUGUCAUCGCAUCAGAAAUCCGAAAAAGACACCAACAUCGUCUUCCUCUUGA